UAAGCAUGUGAACGCCACUCACACGAUUAUAAUUACAAAUAAAAUCGUUAUUUGUUCACCACCGAACGCACACACAGUGAUGGAAGCAUUUAUGUUUACGAAGACGCUGAGAUUAUUUCAGGGUAAUCGUUUUCUGUCAACAGUUUCAAAGCCUGUUGUCACAAUUCCAUUCAAAUGGCAAAAGAAAUUGACCAAAGAUCUGAACAAAAAGCAAGAACAGGAUAGAUUAAAGGCAUCCCAUCAAGGCAAUACAAAAGUAUGCAUAGUUUCCUGCAAAAAUACAAAACUGAACCAUUACUCAGGGCAAUCCUAUGGGAAAUUUGACAAAGUACCUUUGGCAUCAAGAACUUGGGGCCAUCGGGAAGCAAAUGGAGAUUACUUUGCUAUAAACAGCCAAGGACCAAACCCUUCCAUACUACGAAAUGAAGAGUGUGAUUUUAGCUUACUGGAUUUAAAUGAACCCUUAAUUGAAAAUCUUACUGCUAUGGGAUGUACUAAGCCUACCCUUAUCCAAAAACUGGCAACAAAAGCAGUUCUUAGAGGGGAAAACUCACUAAUAGCUGCUGAAACAGGCAGUGGAAAGACAAUAAGUUAUCUAGCCCCAAUCAUUCAAAACAUACUCGAUUACAAAAGUUCGAAUAGUGUUGCCGAUGAGCCAUUAGAUCAAUCGCUAAAUGCACCUUUAGCGCUUGUAAUUACCCCUGGCCGCGAGCUAUGCGAACAGAUAAGUAAUGUUGGCGAGUCCCUAGUGACAAAUCUACCAAUCAAAUCAAAAUGCGUCACUGGAGGACGAUUAAAGAGAGAUAUGCUAAAUGCCGAUUACCAGGAAGUUGACAUUCUGUUUGCCACGUUUGGUGCUAUCAGCAAACUGACGACCAACCGCAUUUUUCGCCUGGACCAGCUGAAACAUCUUGUGCUGGACGAAGCAGAUACUCUGCUGGAUGAUUCUUUUAACGAAAAACUUACUUACUUUCUUCGCAAACUACCUCUCCAAUCUACACGCCCUACCGGGGUUAUCCAAGGUGUACAGACGAUAAUGGUGAGCGCCACGGUACCUCGUAGCGCUGAAGAAAUUCUGUCACAGGUUAUUCCAUAUGGCAGUUUUACCAAACUUACUACCGAAAAUCUGCAUCGCCUCCAACCCCAUGUUCCUCAAAAAUUCAUGCGGCUUUCUCAUCUUGACAAGCCGACCCGCCUUUUGGAAUUAGUGAAAAAAGACGUUUCUCGUAAACUGCCAGUGAUCGUCUUCAGCAACAGAUCUGAUCGUUGUGAUUGGGUGUCAAUGUUCCUGAAUGAAAAUGGCGUUUCUUGCGUAAACCUCAACGGUAACAUGGCCGAACAUCUCCGGAAUGGUCGUUUCGAAGAAUUUCGUUCUGGUCGACAGUUGGUGCUCAGUUGUACGGACGUCGUUUCGCGUGGUCUAGACACAACGAGUGCCCAUCAAGUCAUCAAUUACGAUGUUCCAACAAACAUCAGCGACUAUAUUCAUCGAUGUGGCCGAAUCGGACGUGUAGGUCAUCAGGCCACAGGAAUUAUUACCACCUUCGUGUGCCACCCGACGGAAGCGGACCUCGUACAGAAAAUAGAAUAUGCAGCCCGCAGAACCCAUAAUGACGAAUUGCCAAACGUCAACGCUAAUAUCAAGCGCCUAAUCACCAACCAAGUGUUGAAAAAACAUGAACAGAGGGUUUUGUUGAAUUGAUUAAACGUCUUACAGUAGAACUGAACUCUAUAAAUAAAUCGUGGUUUUUUUUU